AUGCUUCGCCAGCCCGCUCUGCGAGGGGGCGCAGCCGUGUUGGCGUCCUUGAGACGGAUUCCCGCCACUUGCCCAUACGCCGACGUCCUCCCUCCGCUGGUGGGCUGCACGACGACCUUUGUGCGAUGGGCGACAAAAAGAGCAGGAGGGUCCACCAAGAACAGCAAAGAUUCCCAUCCAAAAUAUCUUGGCGUUAAAAUGUGGGGAGGCGAAUGGGCCAUUGCUGGAAACAUUGUGGUGCGGCAGAGAGGGACGAAAUUCCACCCUGGGAACAACAUGGGCAUGGGAAAGGAUCACACCUUGUUUGCACUGGUGGAUGGCCAAGUGAGAUUCAGCCAUGAUAAGGUCAAGGGCCGAAGCUUUGUGAACAUCGACCCGGGGACCCCACCAGCAAAGUUGCAUAAACUUAGUAAGAGUGCUGGACUGCAAGUGCGAUAA